UCUCACGUGCUCGGUCCACGCCUCCACGCCUCCACGCCUUUUUCUUCUUCCUCUUCAAACCACCACCACCCUCGUUGCAAAUACUUACAUCUUCUUUCUUCUAGGUCUAUCAAUAAGGAAAGCAAAAGAAGAGAGGGUGAGGUGCAGUCUUCGAACACACAUUGACAGACGGAGGCACCAGACAUUCACGUAUACAGAGAGUGAGUUUCUUUCUUCUGCAAACCACACACGCAGCAUCCGACGCCUGACGGUUUAGGCGGGUUUCGAGCGGUUUUCCUGCGGGGUUUAGCCGUGGGUUUUUCGUGGCGGCAGUUGGUUUUUAGUUCGGUUGCACUGGGUUGCUCAACACCUUGAUCUCCGUUCAGAGGAGGUGAUUUCGGUGGGUUUUGGGUCUCGGUUUCAGAGGCAGCAGCCGACACCAGCUCAGCUCUCUUGUCUUUCUUCUCGUAUUGUUGCUGUCGUUUUCUUUCUUCCGAUAACGCUGCUGUAACCUCCCUUCUUGUUACUCUGUCACUGGUAUUCUCCCAAAACUCUUUCUUCUUCCUCUUAAAAUCGUCAUCUCCUCUUCUUCUGCAGCUUAGUGCCGCCGCCGGCUCUCUCGUCUUUGUCUUCCAUUUUCAGUUGAAAAACUUUAAAUUCAUUAAAACUUUAAAUUCGUUAUAUGCUUUGCAUUUCAAGAUAAUAAGUUGAGAUUCUCCGCUUUAGCUGCAACUAUAUGUAGUCUGGAUAGCUAGAGAUAUAGAUGUUUACUUUUGUUCCCUUUCAAUCGAAUCACAAUUUUGGUGCUCUUCGAUGGUAGAGUUUGCUCCCAACACCAACACUGCUUCUGCCCCCGACGGCCUUCUUCACGAUUCUUCUAAGCUUAAGAACUCUGAACCACUUGACUCUUUUGACUCCAAGGCCAUCGAUUACUCACUCGUCGAUUCCUUCCUCGAUUACGAUUCUUUAAAUGACUGGUUUGACGAAUUAACAUCGCCCAAUAUGGUCGAUACACAAACGCUUCUUCCUGAAGGAGAUGCCCAUUUGAGUCAAUCCGUUCAAAAGUCUGUUCCAGUUAUUGAUGGAGUUCAAUCAAAUUUUGUCAGGUCUGAAGAUUUUAAAAUAGAAAUGAAGACGAGUGGUGAGGCUUGUAGUAACUCUACAGAUUUCAAUUCCAUCACUGAAGAAGGGAUGCCAAAGGUUACCUUGGUUCUUGAUGGUGAGGCUUGUAGUAACUCUACAGAUUUCAAUUCCAUCAUUGAAGAAGGGAUGUCAAAGGUUAGCUUGGUUCUUGAUGGUGGGUGCAUUUCGAAGGUUGAGUUGGAGUCUGAAGCGGAUGAUGGUGAAGGUGAUGUGGAGUCAGAGGGCACAAGUUCAGCUUCAACAUCUAGUAGUAGUAGCUCUGGGGGAAGUAGCGACAAUGAAGUAGAUGAAGAGGAAGAGGAUUCAUCUUCUUCCACUAGUGCCGGUUGCGAUGAUGAAGAAGAGAAGGAGAACAUUGUAGAAGCGGAGGGAAAGAGAGAAAUUGGUGAACUUGAAGAAGGUGAGAUAAGGGAUGCUGAUGAUGAGGACGAAGAAGCUUUUGCAGAUGACAUGGUUGCGUGGGAUAAUGACGGUGAAGACCUCAAGGAGGAUGACGAAGACCUUGAUGGAGAAGAGGAAGAGGCUGGGGCUGAAGGAGGGCCAAUUACUUCUAAAAAUGAGCUUAAGGUUCUUCCUCCAGUUCCUCAAGUGCAUGCUACGUUGCAGCCGCACCACCAAAUGCUUCCUGUUGGAGUUGUUUUGUCAAUGCUUGGCAAUCAAGUCAUUGUAGAGGGUGUUGAGAAGCACAAUCCUCUCAGCGAAGGCUCUAUUCUUUGGAUAACUGAAGCUAGAUCUCCAUUGGGGUUGGUAGAUGAAAUCUUUGGACCUGUAAAAAAUCCUUACUAUUCUGUAAGGUACAAUUCUGAAAGUGAAGUUCCUCUUGGAAUUAGUGGUGGUACCCACGUCUCCUUCGUUCUUGAGUUUGCAGAUUAUGUUCUAAAUAACAAAGACCUAUACAAGAAGGGGUAUGAUGCAUCUGGAGUGAAUGAUGAAGAGGUGUCAGAUGAUGGUGAGUUCUCAGAUGAUGAGAAAGAGCUUGAGUUCAAGAAAAUGCAAAGGUUGGCUAAGAGGGCUAUGAAUGAUAACCAACAGAUCAAUGCAAACAAAAAUAAUGGUAGGAAGAAGAAAAACAAUGCUAAAGCCAGGAAAUUUGGUGAGCGUACAUUUGAGAAUGCGAAUGUUCCUGAUGAGCCCAAGAAAUUUUACGGCCAGUGCACUCCUGAGCAAGCAAAAAUAUCUGAAGGCAGAAAAUUUGAUCACCCUACACCACAUCAAGCAAAGAUGGAUAUGGUUAGGCCAUCUCCGAAUCAAAACCAGCAAACUGGCCCUCCUUUGGCACCAUUUGUAUAUCACGGUGGUUGUCCAAACCCUUCAGUUGCAGAACAAUGCUUUAUGAAUGGAACUGGUAUUAUGUCAUCGUUUCCCCCUACGUACAACCCCUGCUUUACACCAGCAAUGAAUGGUAUUAGGCCAGCAGAAAUGCCAUUUCAGUUUCAGCAGCAGCAGAAUCCGUUCUUUCCCAACGGUCUUCCAAUGAAUGGCAUGCCUUGGUUAUUACAGAAUCCUGCACAACAAAUGCCACAAAUGCCUCAAAUGCCUCAAAUGCCUCAAAUGCCUCAAAUGCCUCAAAUGCCUAUGCUGAAUACAUUUGCUGGAGCAGCUUAUCCACAGGGGUUCGUAGGUCCAUCAUCUGCCCUACCUAAUUCCUCGACAGCGGUAGGGGCACAAGGAAUCCAUUCCGGUGGACUACAGUUUGGACAGAAUCAAAACAACUUGCAGCCUGCAGCACAACAAUUCAAUCCCCCAAACUCGCACCCGCCAGGUACAUUUUCAGGAAACGUAGCACCACAACAGUUUAACCAAAACUCAUCUUCAAAGCAGGGAAGAAAAUCUCAUGGUCGCGGAGGAAAUCAUUUUAGAGGUAGAAGAGGUGGACGACAAAGUAGAUGAACCAUUACUCGUUUCUUCAUGAUAGAGGUUUGCAUAUGUGCAAUUCCUAAAUUUUGAUUACAAUCUGUCGUGUACAAUCCUUUCAUCAAUCUGGGUUGGAUGAGAAUUAGGAAGUUAGUAGUCGCAAUCAUUUAUUUCAGGGGUUAGUUUCUUUUUAAUCGCUUGUUGGCUAUAUUCGUCUUCUCUACUGCACAAUUCCUCCUGAGAUCUAUUUUAGAAUUUGUUUAGUCGUGGUUUUAUGCUCUAAAAUAAUUUCUUGCUGUCUCA